UUACGUUUUUAGAACCAUACAUGCUUUCUCCAGUUCUUCAUCUUCAUGAUGUCGCGCGAUUUCGCUCGGCCUUCGACUUUCGUCGCCGUUUGUACAUAGGCAUUAAUUUAAGCGUUCGAUUGAUAGAAACAAGCAGUUGCGCUCUCAUAUGAUAUGGCUACGGUUAGUACCGGUCGUGGUUUGUGUCUAAAUGUCAUAAAAUGAGGAGGUCGUCAUCGCGAUGCGUCGACUUGCGAAGGAGAAACAUCGACAGGCAAUGAAAGUCAUCAUUAUCGGAGCAUAUCACGUUUUCAGAUAAUCCAUGAUGUCUCAAAGAAACAAUACCAAAAGAAAUAAUACUAAUAUAAUAGAAAGGAUGGAAAGGAAGCGUACAAAAGAGCUUAUGUCCUCUUCCAGUCUUUCCGGUAUGUCGCAAUUAUCCAAUAGCAGUGAGGAAACAUUGGAGGCCUUUGUAUAUAAACCCUGUACAUCUGAUAACUUGGAAAAUACAACAAAUGCAAGAAAUACACAAAACAACGAAUGGUUAUUGAAUGGACCACAUGGAAAAAAGACACCUGUAUUAUAUUUUAAAUGUUCCGCUUUAGCCACGCCACCAGAAAAUCCACCUGCAAAACAGCUACAUAUGACUUAUAAGAUUUUUCAAACAGACACUAAACUUAUUAAUGUUUUGCUGCAAUCACAUGGCUUAAUGGAGGUGUCUAUGAAUGAAAUGGAUUUUAAUAUAUUAUGGAUGGGAAAUCAUCCUAAGCCAGAUGUUUUGCGGAAUUUAUUGCCUUAUCAAAAAGUGAAUCAUUUUCCUAGAUCUUAUGAAAUUACCCGUAAAGACCGUCUUUACAAAAACAUCGAAGCUAUGCAGAGAAGUAAAGGCCUUCGAAAUCUCGAUUUUAUACCUCAGACAUUUUUACUGCCUACUGAAGCCAAAGAAUUGAUUUCAGCACAUUUUAGAUAUAGAGGGCCAUGGAUUGUUAAGCCUAAAGCCAGCUCACGAGGCCGUGGUAUUUACAUUGUUAAUAAUCCUGAGAAGAUCCUGACGGAUGAAUCAGUUAUCGUAGCACAAUACAUAAACAAUCCGCUUUUAGUUGAUGGACACAAGUGCGAUUUACGUCUCUACGUAGCUGUAACGAAUUACGAUCCUCUGCUAAUUUAUUUAUACGAAGAAGGCUUAGUGAGAUUUGCAGCUGUUAAAUAUGACGGCCGAAAUCAAUACAUCUGGAAUCCUUGCAUGCAUCUUUGCAACUACAGUAUAAAUAAAUUUCACGUGGAUUAUGUAAAGAGUGAAGAUCCUGACGCCGAAAAUGUAGGACAUAAAUGGACAUUGUCGGCCUUGCUCAGACAUUUGCGUUCAAUGGGCCAAGACACGGAAUCGCUGAUGCAGCGAAUCGAAGAUAUUAUUAUAAAGUCAAUCCUUGCUACUGCAUCUGGAAUUGUCAGUGGUUUAAAGCAAUUCGUGAAACAUCCUGAUACAUGUUUCGAACUAUUUGGCUUUGAUAUACUAAUCGACGAUACGCUGAAGCCUUGGUUACUGGAAGUAAAUUUAACUCCCUCUUUAGGAUGCGAUUCGCCAUUAGAUGUUAGACUUAAGUCAGCUUUAAUAGCAGAUUUGUUUACUCUUGUCGGCAUACCUGCCAUCGAUCCAAUUCUACGUUCUCAAAAUCGUGCUGCCGUUAAUUCCAAUAAGAAGAUUACUAGAUAUAGAAGAGUACAAUCUGCAGAAACACUACCUCAGGGAAAAAAGAAUACUAAUAAGAGUAAUAGAAUUAAAGGUCUAACUUCAGAGCAACAACGAAUAGUAGCGUCUGCAAAAGCACAAUUUGAGAGGAGAGGUGGAUUUGUAAGAAUAUUUCCAAGUCCGAAAUCUUGGGAACUUUACUCGCAAUACUUGGAUUUAAUUACAGGUGACUCCAUGAUGUCGGAUCAGUUUGGCCUAAGAAAGUUACCGCAACAUGUUAAUUCUAAUCAUAAUCUAAUGUUACAUGAACAAUUGUUUCCUGUUGCCAAUCAUAAUAUUGAUUAUAUUAUUCCAGAAAUAACAUUAGGCAGAUUAUCUAGAUACGAAAGAUACGAAAGAGCAUUGGUAAAGGGUCAUAAACAAACUUUGGAUAGAAGAAAUAAUAAAGAGAAUUUGGGUUUAGAUAUGCACAAAUAUAAAAGCCAAGUAAUGACAUUAAUGCAAGAAGGCAACAAGCUCAGGUUUGUGUUUCCUAGUGAAGCGAGGAAAGCUUUUGGUUUAUAUUUAAGCUACAUAUUACGAAAAAUAUCACAGCCUAAUGCAGAUCCAGUAUGUUGCGAUCUUGUUAUGAAGUUUCUCCAACAUUCAUCGUACAAUUUGAGGUCACCAUUUUUAUUUACACUACCAUGCAAUAAAUUAAGUAACAAGGAUCGAGCUGCCAUUACAGCAAAACAACUUUCCGAUUUUUUGCAUCUAUAUAAUAGAGAAACGGAUUUUUAUGAAGAUGCGGUAGAUCGGCCUCGUACUGUUUCUAAUAAACUCUUUCAGAAGUUUUUGGCUGCAGCAAGCGAACAAGAUCUCGAUGAUGUGCUGAUUCUGCAAACUCGCCUUUAUAAAUGUACUCACAGUUUCUUAGGAAAAAGCGGUUUUGCCGGUAUUCUAAAAGGCGCUAAUCUUCUCGGAUCUUUACCUCAUAUUACGUCUCGAAUAUAUUCCAAUGUUGCUGCAACAGAGCAAUGCAGGUGUAACAAUUCAAUUAAUAGGUAAUAUUAUGCUGUACAAUUUACUAUAUUUUAUAGAAGAAAGAAGAAAAAA